ACUAAAAUAAUUUUAGUCCCAUGUCUUUUACAUUAUAAGAAAAAUAGUCGAGCAUUGCCCCCGAUUAGCUGUGGCUCUUGUUUGAAAUUUAAAUCAUUCGUUAAAAAAGCAGAUCUAAUGAUAGUAAAUAAUGUCCUGCGCGAAAUUAACCAAUCCGCUUUGACUUACAUAUUCUAUUAAAGCGUCCUCACUGAAAAGUGGUUGAAAUCACACAAACAGUUUACUUAAGGCAGUUAUUUCUUAUACAAACGGAAAGUUUAUACGCACUAACAUGGCAUACUUGUGCUAGCUAUUAUAUUCCUUCUGGCAUUAUAUAUAUGUUUUUUUCAAUAUGUGAAAUUAUUCAUGCACUCAACAAAGGAACAAUUUAUGCGUAAACAGAAAAUGUGUCGUGUAGAAUGUCGAUAGAGAAAUCAUGAUGGCGCACGAGAUACAUUUAAAGAACAACAAAUACCGACAGUGGGUCAAGGCAGGCCUAGGCUUAGGUUACCUGAAAGAGGGACUAGCACCAUUUUGUGAUGACAUUGGAAAACAGCACCACAAAGAUAUUAUAAACCAAAUUCAAGUAACAAAGACGCCUAAACCAAAUAUACCAUGUGGCGUCUGUCAGAUAUCUACUCUCCAGCCAGACCACGUCCGAAUCUCAAAAGGAAUAUGUCCACUCAAGCAAGAUAAAUGUAACUGUUGCUUUCCAAAUAAUAAAAAACCAUGCCCAAACAACGUGUGUGGUGCCAUCUAUGAUAGCAUUAUACAGAAUCAUGCAUCAAUACCACCGGCACCUUUUUGGAAAAACAGCGAUCCCCAUGAUUGGUCCGUUGACCCAUGGAGUAUAUGUAAAUGUUUUAUAAAUGCUCCUGGGUACAAGGACAAGACGUCAGCAGUCGCAGUCGACAUGGACUGCACAGGGUUACUACAUGUUAUCAUAAAUAACAAAUAUUUUCAUAAUCAUAUUGGAUGCAAUGUAACAGGACCAAAAAAUCUUUUUUCAAAGGUACGGCAGUACAGAAAUGAGAUUUUUCACUCCAGCAAUAUGGAGCUAGAGGAAAGGGUGGCAAACGCAUACAUUGAUGAUAUGAUAACAGUUUUACAGGAUAGAAAGGAGCUUCUACACCACCAAGCUGCUCAACAAGCUGUCCGGAAACUCCAAGAUUUAAAGAAUAAGGACUUCAUUGUUACUACGGAAGGCCAUAAAGAAAUGUUUAGACAAAUUAAAGAAGAAAUGUUAAAAAUUCUGAAAUCAACAGAAAGUGCUACAACUGAUUUGGAAGAGGAAUAUGACGAGCUUAAAAAUAAAUUAACGAAAAUUGAAAGACAGGUAUCCAAAGGAGAAGAGGAGAAACAAAGACUCAAGGAAGAAGAUUCUUCUAAACAAAGAGAACUAGAAUAUGAAAAAGCUAAAUCAGAACUUCAAGGCGACCUGAUUAAAUUCUACAGAAAAAGGUGUAGCUCAAUACCCCUUUUGCCGCUUCUUGAAGAAAUAGAGACACCUUUAGCUGGGUUCUACGUGAUGCCAGAUAUAGUCGCCGUAAAACAGAAGACCCUAACUUGUCAUGAAGAGGAAAGAACACCGAUCAAGUCUUUAAAAGACCUGUUAUCAAGCGGAGAUGGAGAUCUGCAAGAAAUUUAUCUAUCAGCUGAUGCAGGCUUUGGAAAAACUGCUUUCUCAAAAUAUCUUGCAAUCACGUGGUGUCAAGCUCAUUGUCAUGAUGAAAACUACGCCUGUUUUAAAGACAAUGUGAUAAAAUCGUUAUCUGACUUUGAGUUCUUAUUUCUGGUUUUCUUAAGAUACUGUACCUCUGUUUGUAAGGUUGAUGAUAUGAUUGAACAGCAAAUUACUAGCAAACUUCCUUCAUCAGCAUCACUAGAUGACGUUUUACGUAGAGAAAAAUGCUUGAUUAUUUUGGACGGUCUUGAUGAAUGGACUCACCCUGUAAAUAGUUGUAGCGAAGUAACAGAAAAAAUUCCACAUCGGUACAUACGUGAUAAUUGUGUUAUCCUAACAACAACUCGACCUUGGAAGCUUGGAGUUUCAAAUCUCAAAACAAGUCAAGUAAACAAAAAGGUUGAAUUGGUUCAAUUAAGUGCAGACUCUACGCGACAACUAGAAGAAAAUGCCAUACGAAAAAUGAUCGGUUGCCAUGAAGAUAGAGUUCUUCAGAGUAAAAUACAGGAGUUAAAUAACUUGAUACGUGAACAUAGCCUAGAGCACAUGCAAGUGAUUCCACUCCUCCUCAUGUAUAUAGUUUGCUUAUGGUGCAACAACAUUCCUAUAGGAUGUUCAAAGUAUGAAGUUUACACCAAUAUCAUUGAAUUUCUAUUAUCAAGAAUGUCAAAGAAACACCCGGAAGUUCAACCAUCUCGUGAAUCGUCUGCCAGUGAAAUUCCAGAAUACUUCAAAAGUCAUGAAUUUUGUAAAAAGUUUUAUAGUCUUAUAACAUCAUUGGCUGUGCUAGCUUACCAAACAUUAUUUAAAGAAACAAGAGAAAACACGCUGGUUUUUGAAAGAACGGUUGCUGAAAAAUAUCUCAAAGCAAACGACAUGAAAUUAGGUCUUCUCUCAGGAAUACUUCAAAAAUCAAUGAAAGAAUUAACAUUAUGGAGGUUAGACUGUAACGAGCAUGGCGACCAUGAUUGUAAGAGAUGGAACAUGGAUUUGUCUAAACAUUCAACUCUAUCAAAGUUACGCUUGCAGGGGUUACCUUGGCGGCUACAAAUAAAUAUGACAACACCGUCAUUAGUUAAUGUUACGUUGUGGGGAAUCAAUCUAGAUGAAAGUUCAUUGUUACUGUCACGUGAUAUGUUGAAUAUUAAACGUGUGGAGUUGGGAGAGAUAGAAAUGUCUGGAGGAAGUUUACAGAACUUUAUUACCGUGCUGGAAAAUAUUCCGCAUUCAGUUACAGUAAAGAUGACCCACAUUAAACCGGAGACUGAAUAUGAACGUGUUAAAGAAAAUAUCCGGAGUUCACCAACUUUUCAGGUGAUACAAGAAGUGGAAGGCAUUUUGGGGCCGACAUUUGAGUUCAAAACAAUUAAACCAAGCAAGGAAUAG